UUUUGUAAACUUCCGGUAUACAUGUGGGUUUUCAUCGACAAAGUUUUACGUUAAAAUACUUUGAUAUUUUAACAAUGUUGCGCAGGUCAUUAAAACGGAAAACAGAACAAACAAAAGGUGUUAUCGUUAAUAAGAGGGAAUCUCAGAAACACAAACACAAGAAGAAGAUACUCGGCCACACUGAGAAAGAAGACCGUGUUGAACAGCUUCUCAAAGGAAUUGUUUUUGGAAACAGUGAAGAACUGGUAGACAAAUUGGGAGACACUUCCAAGCAGAAAAAGAUAAAAAAGAAAAUUCCAUGUCUGGAAGAGGAACGAAAGCCGGCAUGGGAGGAUGAAGAUGAUGAGUCUAAUAUUUUGAUGACUGGAGGGGACCGGUCUACUGUCUUAAAGCAUGGCGAGACUACAACACAAAAGACGUACAUAAACAGAUUGGAGGGGCGGUUUAAGAAGGUUGUAUCCAUACCGGACUGGGCCCAGCUAGGAUAUAAAAAAUCUAAUUCUGAUGAUGAGGACAGUGAUGUAGAAGAUGUACUCCGCAGAACGGGAGACUACCUCUCCAAUCCAUCGAGUCUGCAGAAUGGGCGCAUUCAGAUCAAAGAUUGUACAAACGCUAACACGGAGUGCCCAACGAAGGGUAAACUGACCUCAGUGGAGUUUCACCCGACGGCUCAAGUUAUUUUAACAGCAGGCAUGGAUCGGUGUUUGAAUCUUUUUCAAGUCGAUGGUAAAACAAAUCCUAAAAUCCAAGGUGUGUUCUUUGAUGACUUCCCCAUUUCUACAGCUCACUUCAGCAACUCUGGUCAAGAAGUAGUUCUUGGAUCAUGGUUGAGGACGUUCUUCUGCUAUGAUAUGAUUGCUGGAAAAAUCAUCAAUAUCCCCCAAAUCAAAGGUCUGGAGGGAGAUAGCAUGGCACAGUUUAAGGUAUCACCUGAUGGGCAGUUCCUAGUAUUCCUUGGCACAUAUGGCUGCAUUCACAUCCUAAGUGCAAAGUCCAAAGAAUGGAUCCAGACAUUGAAAAUGAAUGGAAAUGUGAUGAGUAUAGCUUUUAACAGUGAUGGUUCAAAAAUGUAUUCCUUUGGAGAUGAAGGAUGUGUUUAUGUUUGGGAUAUGAAGACUCUUGACUGUGUGCACAAGUUCUAUGAUGAUGGGUGUUUCCGUGGAACCACAAUAGCCGUGUCACCCAACAACCAGUACAUCUCCUGUGGUGGUAAAAACGUGUUCCGCCAUCUUUGUUUGACACCUCUGUCUGUAUCAUUUUGUAAGCUCUUAUUUGAUUGGAUCACACGAUUUUGUGUAAACAACAACCAUGGACUACAGAACUGUUUCUUUCUGAGUGGGGGAAAACACGGAUUAAACAUGCUUUAAUGAGUUUAUUAUUUGCUGUCCAGUGAAUAAUUAAAUUACUUAUAUGCAGUGAUAUGUUGUUACAGCUUGAAUUGUUUAUUUUCUUGUUAUGAUUUAUCAGUGCUAAAUUAGUUUUGCACGGCAUGGAAGACGUUAGUUAGCAUUACUAUAAUGAUUACCGUGUCUGUAAUAAUUAAAGGGGAAGAAAAUAUAAUGAAAAAGAAAAGCACAAGUCUAUUUGUUGACAGUAUUAUUGAAAUCAAUACAAUGUACAACUGGAUAAAAGAUGACUUCGGCUUAUACACGAGGCCAAUGAUUUUUAUACCUGAUAUUUAGGGUCAAACUAAGAGGUUGGCUAAUACACGGCAAUAUACGGUAUUAUUAAUUGUUGUUUUGUUUUGUUUUUUGUUUUGGGGGGGGGGGCAUUAUCUGUUUGCUGACACCAGUUUGUUUGGCAUUAUGCAAUAAAUUGAAUUGAAUUGACAUUGUUCGGAAAAAGGACAUGUCAUGCACCCAGUUUAUUUGUCGCAGGGAGAAUGCAAAGUGACGUCAUUCGAAUUAAAAAAUAAUGCCGCCAAUAUUACACUAGUUAGAUAUUGAGUAAUUGUUAUGACAUGAAUAAAAUCUUACACUGGUGUGUAAUAAACAUAAUUAUGCCGCAAAGAAAGCUAAAUAUAAUGAAUUGUAUUUACAUUUGAAAACAUACUCAAUGUGGUCAUUAUUAUAAAACAAGCAACAUGUACAAAAUGACAACUUAUUGAUUUCUACUGAGAAAAAUACUGAAUUAUUAUACCAGCCUCUAAAAAAUUUACAUUUGGUUGAUACUGUAUUUAUUGAUUAAGCAAACAUUUCUCACAACUCACUUGAUUAACCCAUUACAACCCUGUAAAUGAUGUCGUAAACUUAAUGCAUUGCUGGAAACCGGAUUAUGCAGUACUAGAUAUGCAUCAGAGAUGAGAAAUUCAAAACUGUUUUCCGAGGCCUCUUUUUUAAGUGGUUAUGCCAAUAUCCUUUCUGCUGUGAAGCAUGUAUUUCUUAUUUCAAUAGUACCAGGCUUUCUUACUUAGUUUUUCA